AUGGGUAGAGGAAAAAUCGAAAUCAAGAAGAUUGAGAAUGUAAGUUGCAGGCAAGUGACGUUUUCAAAGAGGCGUAGUGGUCUGUUUAAGAAAGCGCAUGAACUUUCUGUGCUUUGCGAUGCUGUAGUUGGCAUUAUCGUCUUUUCAAAUACCAGCCGCCUCUACGAGUUCUCCAGUUCUAGCAUGAAGGGAAUAAUCGAUCGAUACAACCGUGCAAUAGGAUCAUCCACGUCACAAAUGCAAGUUGAGACGGUGCAAGAACAAGCCGAGCUUGAGAUAUUAAGACACGAAGUAGCUAGACUCCAAAAUGAAAACGCGAUGUUGAAGGGAAAUGAUCUUGGGGGCAAGAGCAUAUUGGAACUUGAGCGAUUAGAGCGUCAAUUGAAUGAUAGCUUAGCAACAGUCUUAAGGAAGAAGGAGGCUAUGCAGUCUAAGGAGAUCCAGUGUUCCAAUCUCAAGGGCAAGAGCUUGGUUAUGAAAAAAAGGUUUAAUGUCGUUCACCGUGUGUUGCAGAUUGAUAUGAUGUGUUUUAAUUUGUCAACUCAACUCCCUAUUCAACCCGGAAGCGGCACUAGCCACAAACGACAAGAUUGGUUGGAGUAG